AUGUCUCGAUUUUUCCGUGGUGGAGAGGACAGCUCCAGCGACAGCUCCUCUGAUGAGGAAGAGCUCUACACCGACGAGGAGCAGCAGGAGCAGGGCGGCCUCGACCAGAAUGAUUCCGACGAUUCUGACGACAUGGACGACUCUGACAUGAGCGAGGAUGAAAGUUCCAGCGACGACGAAGCCGGUGGUGCCAACCGUUUCUUGAGGGAUGCCGCUUCAGACAGCGACAGUGAGGAGGAAGAAGUCCGAGCCAAAGUGAAGAGUGCCAAGGACAAACAACGCGAUGAACUCGAUGCAUCGAUUAAGCAAAUCGAGAACGGCCAGAAGAACGGCGACUGGACAUUGAUCUCAGCCGAAUUCGAUAAACUCAGCAGACAAGUGACCCGCAUCCAAGAUGGCGGCAAGACACCCAAGCCUUAUAUCCGAAUCAUCGCCGAGUUGGAGGAUUUCAUGAACGAGGCUCUGGCCAAACAAAAGGUCACACCCAAGAAGAUGAACGCCAUCCAGGCCCGUAACCUGAAUGCUGUCAAACAAAAGAUCAAGAAGACCAGCAAGGAGUAUCAGACCGAGGUCACUGCCUACAGAGAAGACAAGGAUGGCUUCAUGGAGUCAGAGGACGAGGAGCCUGAGCCCGUUAAGAAGCCGAAGAAGAUUGCCAGAUUUGAGGAAGAAGUUGCUCAGCCUGAAGAACUUGGCGAUGAUGGUUUUGCCACCGUCGGCAAGGGUGGCCGCACUUUACAGUACACCCCCGAGGGUAUUUUCAAGCACCUGCGAGGCAUCAUGGAGACUCGUGGUAAGAAGAACACCGACCGCGUUGAGCAGAUCAAGGUUAUGGAGAAGCUUGGCGAGAUUGCCAACACUCCCUACCAACAGAUCCGUGUUCUGCUCGCCAUUGUCUCCGCUCGAUUCGACCUGAGCGCUGGCACUUCUAAUGUGAUGCCCCUGGAACACUGGAAGGCUGCUGAGAAGGAACUCUCUACUCUCCUGACUGUUCUUGAGAAUAACAAGGACUACGUUGUUGUCGAGAAUGUUGAAGAAUGGGACGACGACGAGAAGCCCCCUGCUCUCCAGCCUGGUGAGAAGUACAUCAAGGUUGCUGGUAGCGUGGUAUCAUAUGUUGAGAGACUUGAUGAUGAAUUGGUCCGAUCCCUUCAAAGCAUCGAUCCCCACACUUCGGAAUACAUCGAACGUCUUCAAGAUGAGGGUGCUUUGUAUAACAUCAUUGUCCGCGGCCAGCUCUACUACGAGUACUUGCGCAAGGACUCCGCACUGGAGAUUCCUCAGGACAGCGUCAACAGAAUCGUCAUGCGACGAUUGGAACACGUCUACUUCAAGCCUGCUCAAGUUAUCAAGACCUUUGAGGAGAACUGCUGGAAAGCCUCGGGCGAUAAGGUCGACUCCGUCAUCACUCCUCGCAGCCAGUCCAGCGACGCCAACAACUUGGUUAAUGUCCUCUGCAACUACCUGUUCAGCAAUAGCGACGGCAUUAUUCGUGCUCGAGCCAUGUUGUGCCAGGUCUAUUUCCUCGCCCUCCAUGGCGAGUACUACAAGGCCCGUGACAUGAUGCUCAUGUCUCAUUUGCAGGACACCAUUCCCAACUUCGACGUCCUGACUCAAAUCCUUUACAACCGAACUUUGGUUCAGGUUGGCUUGUGUGCCUUCCGCAAGGGUCUCGUCUACGAUGCGCAAAACACCCUGCAGGAGAUUUGUGGUAGUGGCCGACAAAAGGAGCUGCUGGCCCAAGGUGUGAUGAUGCAGAGAUACAACCAAGUCUCUCCCGAGCAGGAGCGACUGGAGAAGCAGCGCCAGCUACCGUUCCACAUGCACAUCAACCUAGAACUUUUGGAGUGCGUGUACUUGACUUGCAGCAUGCUCCUGGAGAUCCCUCUGCUGGCCCAGACUGGAUCCUCACCCGACGUCAAGAAGCGCGUCAUCAGCAAGACCUACAGACGCAUGCUCGAGUACCACGAGAGACAAAUUUUCACCGGACCCCCUGAGAACACCAGGGAUCACGUCAUGCAGGCUUCCAAGGCCCUUGCGGCUGGCGAAUGGAAGAAGUCAACAACUUUUAUUCACAGCAUCAAGAUCUGGGAACUGAUGCCCAAUGCCGAGGAGAUCAAGACCAUGCUCUCCAAACAGAUCCAGGAGGAAGGUCUUCGCACCUACCUCUUCACAUACGCCCCCUUCUACGACACUCUGGCCCUUGACACUGUCAGCGCAAUGUUUGAGCUGGACAUUACCAAGGUUGCCGCCAUUGUCAGUAAGAUGAUUAGCCACGAGGAAUUGGCCGCCUCACUGGACCAGGUCACGAACAACGUCAUCUUCCGCAAGGGAGUUGAACUCAGCCGCCUUCAGUCACUGGCACUCACACUGUCUGACAAGGCUAGCGCACUCAUUGAGACCAACGAGCGGACUCUCGAGCACCGCACCCAAGGCACAUCCAACGCUUUCGAGCGACAAGGCGGCCGUGGGCGCGGUGGCCAACGAGGAGGCCAGCGAUCUGGACGUGGCGGUGCUCGUACCGGUGGCAACACUCAAAGACAAGCUGGUGGUACUCAAUUCACUGGUGGUGCUUUGGGAGCCGCUGUUCGGGGUUAA